GUGUUUGGCUAGGGUUUGCUCGCGUCUCCUCCUUCCCUUGGCUGCUGUCGUGCCGGUCGGCGGCGACAGCAAGGGAGGGAACAUGUCGAAGAAGAACAAUCUUGCCAAGAGGAAGAAGCAGUACGAGUUCGACCUCCAACGGGAGAAGGAGGCCAAGGAGAAGCAGGCCAAGAAGCUGCAAGCCAAGAAAUCCAAGAUGAAGAUAGAUGGUGCUGAAAAGAAACGUAAAGGUGGCCAAUUUAAGGUCGGCAAGAAAAAGGUGAAGACGAAACUUUCAGCCUUAGCAAAAGCCAAAGCCGCGCAAGCCAUGGAGGUCGACAAGUGACUGCGGAGCACAAGCAUCAUCACCUUAAGCGUCGAGCCAGAGUUGGAACUCUGAAUUCUGUGCCCACAUGAAUAGCUCCCGUCGGGUGCAGCUGCAGCUGCAGCUUGUUGAACCUUUCUUUCUAAAAAGAAUGUCAUUCUUGCUUUUUUAAGGGUAAUCAAGCUCUAGUUAUAGGUUUUGGUGAUAACGACUAUGAUGUUAGAGAACUAAUGAGAUUUAUGGAGCUAAAUGAAAAAGA